AUGACGGAGCGUGUCGGAAGUGAUCAUGUCGCUGUGCCCGAGGUAAAGAGGAAGUCACACAACGUGCCGUGGCUCGAGUACGGAAAGGAAACCUACACGAAGGAGAAGCACGAGUUGGUGUCUGCGUGGGCGCUGAAGCAUUUCGGAAGCGCCCAGGACCGCUGCAGGUGGAUGGAGGGGCUGCACGAAGAAGCCGUCAACACACAAGUGGCAGAGGUAACGUACUGCGAAAGCUUUAGCUAUGCAACCAGUGGAGGAGGAAAAGAGGAGAGAAGAAAGGAGAGAAGAAAGGAGAGAAGAAAGGAGAGAAGAAAGGAGAGAAGAAAGGAGAGAAGAAAGGAGAGAAGAAAGGAGAGAAAAGGAGAGAGAAGAAAGGAGAGAGAAGAAAGGAGAGAGAAGAAAGGAGAGAGAAGAAAGGAGAGAGAAGAAAGGAGAGAGAAGAAAGGAGAGAGAAGAAAGGAGAGAGAAGAAAGGAGAGAGAAGAAAGGAGAGAGAAGAAAGGAGAGAGAAGAAAGGAGAGAGAAGAAAGGAGAGAGAAGAAAGGAGAGAGAAGAAAGGAGAGAGAAGAAAGGAGAGAGAAGAAAGGAGAGAGAAGAAAGGAGAGAGAAGAAAGGAGAGAGAAGAAAGGAGAGAGGGAAAGGAGAGAGGGAAAGGAGAGAGGGAAAGGAGAGAGGGAAAGGAGAGAGGGAAAGGAGAGAGGGAAAGGAGAGAGGGAAAGGAGAGAGGGAAAGGAGAGAGGGAAAGGAGAGAGGGAAAGGAGAGAGGGAAAGGAGAGAAGAAAGAGAGAAGAAAGAGAGAAGAAAGAGAGAAGAAAGAGAGAAGAAAGAGAGAAGAAAGAGAGAAGAAAGAGAGAAGAAAGAGAGAAGAAAGAGAGAAGAAAGAGAGAAGAAAGAGAGAAGAAAGAGAGAAGAAAGAGAGAAGAAAGAGAGGAAGAAGAGAAGAAAGAGAGGAAGAAGAGAAGAAGAGAAAUCUAUUUACUCUCACCAGCUAGGUCUUCUACAGUGGGGCUUCAGGGCUGCUUGA